AUGGACGCCUUGUCCGGCAAGAAUUCGACAGGUCGCAGAGUGUCAUUGCUAAACGACGGUCCCGAGCCGCCACAUCAACAACUUGCUCGCUUACCCUCCAUCACUCCUUCUCUCCAAUCCAGGACCUCUAGCUACUCGUCCUCCCCCAUCGGCUCUCCGCCUACGCCUCGACUGGUGCGCAGCGACUCGUCAGACUCGGCCAACAUGCACACUCCCUCGCCCAUAACCCCAGACUUUGUCUUCGAGGGCCUGCCCGGCCAAGGCAUGGACUCGCCCGUCUUCUCUCAAUCUGCAUUCUUCCCACAACACAAGGAUCUCAACUCCGUCUAUCCGCCUGUACACCAAAACCCGGGCCCUCUUCCCUACCACACCGCGAGCGCCUCGCAAGCUAGCUACUUCACCCCUCAGCAGAUGCAAGAACAACACGAUGCGGCAACAGCAGCGGCAGCAGCUGCAGCUGCAGCCGCGGCAAACAACACGCGCACCAAAAAGAAUAGCUACCCGUGCCCAAUGGCCAAGCAGUUCAAUUGCGGCGACUUCUUCACCACCUCAGGGCACGCUGCUCGCCACGCCAAAAAGCACACAGGCAAGAAGGAUGCCUUUUGCCCAGAGUGCAACAAGGCCUUCACCCGCAAGGACAACAUGGAGCAGCAUCGACGAACCCACCAGAGCGGCCGCAACGCUGCCAAAAGCGGCGCCGACCGGGAGGUCAAGAAAGCCAAGCAACAAGGGAAGCGACCCAGGCCCGCCCCUCUCCAGUCUUCAAUACCUUCGCUAUCGAAUCUAUCCGUGGUUGACCCAUCCCUUCCUGACAGCCCUGUGGGGUCCUACAUGGCGCCCGCGGUACAACCGUCCGAUUCCUACCUCGAUUUCGCUCAACGCUCCCCUUAUCCCGAUCCUACCGCCUUCUCCAUGACCCAUAGCUACAACACUGGGUCAUCGUACGGCGGUCUCGAUGCUCUAGCUAUUGCUGCGAGCAGCGAAAAGCGCAAGUUCGAGUCAUAA